AUGCCUCUCGCAACACACUUCACACUCAACACUGGUGCAAAGAUCCCAGCAGUGGGAUUCGGCACCUGGCAAGCUGGACCUCACGAGGUUGAGCGUGCUGUUGAGACUGCUCUGCGCUCCGGCUACCGCCACAUCGACUGCGCCGCCAUCUACCGCAAUGAGGCGGAAGUUGGUGAGGGCAUUCGCAAGAGCGGCGUGCCUCGUUCAGAGAUCUUUGUUACAGGGAAGCUGUGGAACACCAAGCACGCACCCGAAGAUGUCGAGUCCGGUGUUGACAAGACGCUCAAGGACUUGGGGACGGAUUACCUCGAUUUGUUCCUGAUGCACUGGCCAGUAGCAUUCAAGCCGUCGGAUAAAUGGUUUCCCAUUGACUCCAACGGCGUCUUCGAGCUGGCCGACAUUGACCCCGCAGAAACGUGGGCAGCCAUGGAGAAGCUGGUCCAAAGCGGCAAAGUCCGCGCCAUCGGUGUCUCCAACUUCACUAAGCAGCGCAUCGAGGAUCUUCUGGCAAAGACCAAGACGGUUCCCGCCGUCAACCAGAUUGAGGCGCAUCCGUACCUCCAACAGCCGGAUCUGCUCGAGUUCUGCAAGUCAAAGGGCAUCCAGCUGGCCGCCUACUCGCCCCUGGGCAACAACCAGACGGGUGAGCCGAGGACGGUGGACGACCCUCUUGUGGGUGAGCUGGGCAAGAAGCUCGGCAUUGACGGCGGCCAGUUGCUUGCUUCAUGGGGUGUGCAGCGCGGCACUGUCGUUCUGCCCAAGAGUGUUACCCCUAGCCGGAUAGAGUCCAACUUCAAGGUGCAGGAGUUGCCGGCGGAUGCCUUUGCGCAGUUGAACGGGCUCGAGAGGAACAAGAGAUUCAAUUGGCAGACGAGAUGGGGUUUCGAUAUCUUCCAAGAGCUGGGAGAGGAGGAAGUCAAGAGAGUAGCCCAGGAAACGGGUCCUGAGAACUUGACAAAGUUCACCAUUUAG